AUGUCUCGACAAUUUCAAUGUAAGACAUGCCAAGAGACAUCAGAGGCGCAAGCAAUGAUGAAGCAUCUGAGUGCUACUCGUCAUAAAACUGUCAUAGAUACGCAAACGGGCGAAGAAAUCGCUUGUGAAGAGUGUAAUGAUACGAAUGUCCAUCAAUUACAAAUCAUCAGGUUUGGUGGUGAGGACAUGACGCUUAUUUGUAAUAGUUGUUUCCAGAAACAGUUCGGUACGAAUGAAAAACCUACGACGGCCUAUGAUUUGAAAAAUGGGUCAUUGUUAAAUUUUUGGGAUAAGUAUUUGAAAGUGAGGGAAUGUUGUUGUACGAAGUGUGGGAAGGAUAGUAAAUUGAACGUUAAUUCUAAAGGUGAUGUCCUUUGUGAUGAUUGUUUAACUAAAGUUGGUGGAAAAUUAGGUAGUGAUUAUAUAUCUGAAUCCACUGGGAAAUUCCUUUACAGGUAUCUUGGGAUCAAAGAACCUACAAGUACCAGUAGCAGUAGUAGUAAGAAAUUUAAAAGAAAGGGAGGAAGAAAAGUUGGAAGAGGGAAAAGAGGGGGAGGAGGUGCUAAAGGUGCAAGAGGUGGUAAGAAAAGUGAUGGUGGUAAAGAGAAAAAACCACUGACUUAUUUACAAAAGCUUGAAAAGGAAGCAUUUAAGACUAAGAAGGAAAAUAGUAUUAUUGAAAGUAGUAGCACUUUGAAUUUGAGAUCUUUUAAAGGUGUGAAGGCCACCACGAAGGCUAAUUUAACAAGUCAAACGUUACAAGAUUCUUCCCCGAUGGUUAAAGAUACUAAGGCCAUUAACAAACAACAAAAAAAUAAACCUACAUCUGGCAAGGAAAAUGUUUCUAAGGGCAACAAACCUACAGCUGCCAAUGGAAAUGUUUCCAAAGGCAACAAACCUACACCUGGCAAGGAAAAUGUUUCCAAGGGCAACAAACCAACAGCUGCCAAGGGAAAUAUUUCCAAAGGCAACAAACCUACACCUGGCAAGGAAAAUGUUUCCAAGGGCAACAAACCAACAGCUGCCAAGGGAAAUAUUUCCAAGGGCAACAAACCAACAGCUACCAAAGAAAAUACGUCCAAGGGAAAGAAAGCAAAUGAGAAAAAGAAUAAAGUUACAGAGGUUAAACAAACAAAGAUGGCAGCAGAGAAAUCAGGGUCAUCAUCAUCAACAUCUUCUUUGACUUCCAGGGACUCUGAGAAAAAAGCAUCAUCAAAUAGAGACCAUGUAGCUUCAAAAACGACUAAACAUGAGAAGAAUAAGAGGAAAGAACAAACAUUGCAAAAACAACGACCAUCUUCCAAGGAUACCACUUCAACUAUUGAUUCUUGGGGGGUCUCAUGGGAUCUUGGAUCGGAUGGUAGUAAUGAGACAACUCCUGCUACUUCGAGAGGUUCCACACCUCAACCUGUAUCGAAGGCAAAGGAACAAAGAGCCACACCUAAGAAGAAACAGGAUCGAGAUGCUGAAGUGGAAAAUCUCUCUCGUUCGGCAUCACAAAUUCAUUUUGACACGGCUCAAAAGCAAAAAGCUAAGAAAAUGGAAGAAAUUGAAGAAGGUAUUCCCUUGGCGAAAUUUGUUAAAUAUAAGCCCAAAUUGACAUACCCUGAUUUGAAGACUUAUUGUGAUGAAUUCUCCUACGCUUUAUUCCUUGAACAAAAAUUGGAAAACACGUUCAUUGAAGAUUUCCAGAUUCUAUGGCCUAAGAGGCAAGAGGAGAAUGUCUUUGUUGUGCAAAUCAACAAGAAUGCACCGGGAUUGGACACCAUCUUACCGCCUCAUCUUGCGCAAUUCGUUAAGAUUCCCUUUAACGAGAGACAACCAUUAAUGUUAUCAUCGAAUGAUGAGAGUCAUGUGUGGUACACGUUUGUUAAAGAAGUGGGAACGCAAGGUAAGAAGAUCAUUUUACUAUUGGAGUUAUUCUCAUGGAACAAACUCAGUUUGCCCAUUCAAAGUGGAUCUGAACAAUUUAAAUUAUUGCCCGUGUCAGCACAGGCCAAUAGAAUUUUAUUUGCUAUGACUCGUAUCAAGAAUCCUAAAUUUAUUGAUUUAUUAUUGGGUUCUAAACCAAUAUAUCAACUUCAGUUUAAUAAUCGUUUGAAAUUCAACAGAGAUACGUUGAAUGAAUCACAAAGGAAGGCUGUGCAACAUGUGUUGAAUAAUAGAAUCACAGUCAUUCAAGGUCCGCCCGGGACAGGUAAGACGUCAACCAUUGAAGAAGUUAUCUUACAAUUAAUUGAAAAUUUCCAUUCAUUCCCCAUCUUAUGUGUUGCUGCAUCCAAUAUUGCCAUUGAUAACAUUGCGGAGAAGAUCAUAGAGACUAGACCCAACAUUAAGAGUUUGAGAAUCCUUUCAGAUAAGAAGGAGUCACAAUAUGGUCCAGAUCAUCCAUUGGGGAAGAUUUGUUUACAUAAUAUGGUUUACGACAGGUUAUCGCCUGAAAUGAGAGAGAUUGCAUCCAAGUUACGUAGUGAUAGACGUGGUGAAGUUUCUCGUAAUCAAGACAAUAAAUUUUACACGGAGACGACUAAUAUCAGUAAUAAAUUAAUUGCUCAGGCUCAGAUUCUGUUCACGACGAACAUCACCGCUGGUGGACGUCAAUUGAAAGUGAUUAAGGAGCUGCCCGUUGUGAUCAUGGAUGAAUCGACACAAUCCUCGGAAGCGUCGACUUUAGUUCCAUUAUCACUUCCUGGGAUUAAGAAUUUUGUAUUUGUGGGUGAUGAGAAACAAUUGUCCAGUUUCAGUAACAUCCCUCAAUUGGAAAUGUCAUUAUUUGAAAGGAUCUUGGCCAAUGGUAGUUAUCGAGAACCCAAUAUGUUGGAUACACAAUACAGAAUGCAUCCACGAAUUAGUGAUUUCCCCAUUAAGAAGUUCUACCAUGGGAAAUUAAAAGACGGUGUCACCGCGGAGAAUAAAAUGUGGGACGGUAUCCAGUAUCCCUUAUUUUUCUAUCAAUGUGACAAGGGACCAGAGGGCCGAGUGGUAAAUAACCAGAAUGGUAUGAGGGCGUUCACUUAUAACAAUAUAUUUGAAUGUCAAGAGAUCAUCAAGCUUGUUUACAAAUUAUAUUUGGAAAAAAAUGUUAAAUUGGAGGAUAUAGGUAUUAUCACACCGUACUCAUCACAGCGUGAUUUACUUUCACAGAUGUUCGUGAAGGAUGCCGUGGUGAACCCAUUGGGUAAAGGUAUGCUACAAGAGACCGAUGAGGCGGAAUUUUUGAAUUCGCGACGCAAUGACAUUCAGUCACAUACUGUCAAUAUCAUCAAUGGUCUACAUGUGGCUACAGUGGAUUCGUUCCAGGGCCAUGAAAAGAACUUUAUCAUCUUCUCGUGUGUGAGGAACAAUGCUGAGAACAAGAUUGGGUUUCUGCGUGACAGAAGACGUCUGAAUGUUGCCUUGACGAGAGCCAAGAACGGGCUGAUUGUGGUGGGCAACAAGGAGGUGCUGAAGCGGGGGGACCACCUUUGGAGGGACUUUGUGCAGUACUUGGAAGAGCAAGAGGUGGUCUUUGACAGCCUGGAUGUGUACUAG